CUGGAAAUCUGCUACUAGCUGAAACAGACUGUUAUCUUAUGGAUAUAACGAAGGCUAAAGUGGUAAUGUUCCAAACUAAUUGAGUUUGUCACAUAUCGUACGAUUGUCUUAUAAAGCAGGGAAUUUCAUCUAGAUGACAUAUAAAUCAAGAGAAACAUACAACACUUGCCAGGAUAAAAUAAUUAGCCAUUCUGAAAUGUGAGAAGUGCUACUUCAAUAUGUUUUAGGGUUAUCACAUAGACAUCUUCAAGUGUUGGAAAUCAGUUUUUUACAAAGUAGCUUUGAACUUUGAUUAACAAUUUCGGAGAGAAAAAAAUAUAUAAUUGGAAGGAUAAAAUAACACAUUGAAACGCUUAGUAUUAAUUAAAUGGAAAGAAAAUUUUAUUAAGGCGGCGGAAUCAAUAUUCACUUCUUACUUUGUGUCUAAACCAACAAUAAAAAUCGUUUUUUCUGGCAAUUGUGCAAAAACCUAUCUGCUGAACAAAAAAAGAGGAAAACAGUAUUUAAUUUCGAGAUAGAUUAUUAUUAAAAUAAAUUGAAAUUCGUGCUCAAAUUUUAAAGCAAUAGGUGUAACACGUUGAAACCAAUAAUUGCAAAACGUGGCUCAAAUUACCUGGGUUUUUUUGAGAAUUUUGUUGAUACCAACGCUGUGUAUGUAAAGAUAUGUACAUGGAUCAAGCAAAGUCUCUAUCACAUCAUAUUAAUAAGAGCGCGGAAAAUGGCAGUUUCCAGAGCAACGAGACGCUGCAAAAUAGACAAGUGGCCUUUGUAAUCCUGAAGACGACGGUGAUGAUAAUCGUCAUGCUGGGAGCGGUAUUCGGGAAUAUCCUUGUUGUAAUCGCUGUUAUGAAAUUCCAACGCUUGAGAGCUAUUACUAACUAUUUUAUCGUCUCAUUGGCUUGCGCGGAUUUUCUAGUGGCAAUUCUCGUAAUGCCAUUUAAUGCAAGUAUAGAAAUAUCCGGGAAAUGGAUUUUCGGAAGAGUAAUGUGUGACGUGUACAAUUCAAAUGAUGUCCUUUUUAGUACAGCAUCUAUUCUUCAUUUGUGCUGUAUAUCAAUGGAUAGAUAUAUCGCAAUAAUCCAUCCCUUCAAAUAUGAGUCGAAGAUGACACGUUUUAGAGUUUUUAUUAUGAUUGCCAUCACUUGGAUUUCAUCUAUCUUAAUCUCCUAUAUUCCUAUUCAAUCUCAUUGGUAUACGACUACAGACACAUUAGAGGAAAUGGAAAACAGUCCUGACCAAUGUUUAUUCGUUGUAAAUAAAGGUUACGCUGUCAUAUCCUCUAGCAUUUCUUUCUGGAUACCGUGUACCAUUAUGGUGUUUGUAUAUUUAAAGAUCUUUAUGGAAGCAAGGCGCCAGGAAACACAAAUAAAGCAAACAGGCUAUCAUUUAAAGGGUAGACCGUCAGAAAAUACUAAUUUGAAUGACGAUCAAAGUGAACGACGCAAUGAAAGAAAGCGCAUGCGGAGAGAACAUAAAGCGGCGAAAACAUUGGGUAUAAUUAUGGGUGCUUUUGUGUUCUGUUUUCUUCCUUUCUUUACUUGGUACUUUGUAACAACAUUAUGCGGGGAUUCCUGUCCAUAUCCCCAAACGCUAGGUUCUGCCCUGUUUUGGCUUGGUUACCUCAACUCGUGCUUAAAUCCAGUUAUAUAUGCUUACUUUAACAGGGACUUUAGAAGCGCCUUUAGGAAAUUACUUAAAUGUAACAAGUUUUUUAGUGGAAGCAAUAGUGAAAACAAUUCUGGUGUAGUGUUGACUGCUGGACAAUAUGAAAACAGAGACAAUGUUGUUCACAUUAAUUCUGAUAAACUUGUACGAAAUGGAAAUAAAUCUCAUGUGUGAUAA